AUGUCCGACUAUGCUGAUGACGAGCCGCAGGGCGUGGUGACUCGUGUCAAGAACACAGCUCUUCUCCCGCUCCGCAUCGCCGUCUCCAAACCCGCCCAGCGCGCAUACCUGACUUCGGUCCUCUUCUUUAGCACCUGCUUCUUUCUCCUCAUCGUUUCAAUCGCCGCCUACCUCGCCUUCUACUGGACCUACAUCCCUCGCAUAGGCUUCAGCCGCCCCAUCCACCUUCAGUUCGAUAGCCCCGAGUCUCCGCCAUGGGGUAUCGCGAAUCUAGCCCCCGAGCUGGUCAGUCUCCAGCCGUAUGAUGUUAAGAUCCAGAUACGUCUACCGCGCACAAAGACCAAUACUGAGAUUGGCAACUUCAUGGUCGAGACUGCUCUGUUUGCUCCUGGUGAGAAAGGCUCCGUCAUUGACGACUCGCGCAUUCCUGUCGCAAAGGACCCGACCACCACCAAAGUUCUCGCUAGUUCGAGGAGAUCUGCCAUCUUGACAUACUACUCGCCCGUCGUCGAUCUCGCUCGUAAGGCUACCGAGCUGCACUGGCUGAUUCUGGGCUGGCGACUUGAAGCAGAGACUCUCGAGAUUCCUGUCUUCAAAGGCGUCUCGUUUGCAAAAGGUUGGAGGAAUGUGCCUGACACCAUGCAGAUUCGGGUGCAAAGUUCUGCACGCAUGCAGAUUUACGAGGCCAAUGUCGUCUUCAAGGCUCGUUUCCAGGGCCUCAGGUGGAUCAUGUACAACCACCGUAUUACCAGCGCCGCCGUGUUCAUCGGCGCUUUCUGGGGCACCGAGGUCCUCUUUACUGCCAUCUGCUGGGCUAUUUUGAGUGUCUGGAUCUUUUCUUCAAGCGACAACACUCCAGUCAAGAGGGAACCCGAGGACAGCAAACGCAUCAAGGCAGAAGAUUCGGAAGGAGAAGAGCAGGCCAGACUUUCAGAUACAGAGCGCACAUAUCCUACCUAUAGCAAAGGUCCUGCUAUGCGCUACAACUCCCCUGCCAUCAAGAAGGAGGAAACAGAGCCCGAGCCCUUCCCUCAGCUCCUGACUACUGCUCUGGAAGCAGAUGACGAGGACGAGAGCGACGAUUUUCUCGACUCCGGUCUAGGCACUAGUUUGGAAAGCAGCACUGGUCACGGCAGCUCAAAGGAAGCUUUGCGCAAGAGAAAGAACAAGUCGCGAGGUUGA